CAAAUGCAUAAAAGAACACAUACUAGAGAGAAACUUUAUGAAUGUAACCAAAGUAGUAAUGCCUUUUCAUGCCCCAGUAGUCUCCAAAGGCAUAAAAGAACACAUACUGGAGAGAAACCCUACAAAUGUAAUGAGUGUGGUAAAGCCUUUUCACACCACAGUAAUCUCCAGGUGCAUAAAAGAACACAUACUGCAGAGAAACCCUACAAAUGCAUUCAGUGCGGGAAAGCCUUUUCAAACACUAGUAUUCUCCAGGUGCACAAAGGAACACAUACUGGAGAGAAACCCUAUGGAUGUAAUCAGUGUGGUAAAGCCUUUUCACAACCUAGUGGUCUCCAUGUGCAUAAAAGAACACAUACUGGAGAGAAACCCUACAAAUGUAAUCAGUGUGGGAAAGCCUUUUCACAACCCAGUAGUCUCAAAAAGCAUAAAAGAACACAUACUGGAGAGACCUACAAAUGUAAUCAGUGUGGGAAAGCCUUUUCACAACCCAGUAGUCUCCAAAGGCAUAAAAGAACACAUACUGGAGAGAAACCUUACAAAUGUAAUGAGUGUGGUAAAGCCUUUUCACACCCCAGUACUCUCCAUGUGCAUAAAAGAACACAUACUGGAGAGAAACCCUACAAAUGCAAUCAGUGUGAUAAAGCCUUUUUACACCCCGGUAGUCUCCAUGUGCAUAAAAGAACACAUACUGGAGAGAAACCUUACAAAUGUAAUCAGUGUGGGAAAGCCUUUUCACACUACAGUAAUCUUCAGGUGCAUAAGAGAACACAUACUGGAGAGAAACCCUACGAAUGUAAUCAAUGUGAUAAAGCCUUUGCAAGUUGUAGUGGUCUCCAGAGGCAUAAAAGAAUUCAUACUUCAGAGAAACCCUAG